AUGCUUACUAAAAGUUUAAUUAGGAGAAUGGGAUCUGAGGAGAGAAAUCACCUCAGAGAAGGUGCCUCCGUAAUUGGCUUGUUCACAGGGUUGAUAUCCUACUUCAACUAUCGUGAGUAUAUCAAGAAAGACUUCUUGAAGUCUGAGGGUCACUAUAGAAUGUCUUCUAGAAUUACAAAUAUGACUCCAUGGAAAUAAAUGUAUUUCACCUGGUGGAGAAUGCCAGAUGAGGAGUUUAAUGUCUACCACAGAUUCAAGCCAUACUAUAUCCUAGGCUAGAUCGAUUAUUCCAAAGAAGUUCUUAUUCCUAAGACAAGAGAAUUUGACGGAACAGUUCUCUAAGGAUAUGAUGUUAUCAACCCAGUUUAUUGCUACGAAGGAGGUAAAUUCAACAUGAAGAAUGCUCUUCACAAGGAAGAUCCAGUCAAUAUUGAAAGAGCUGCUCUUAUUAUUAACAGAGGUUGGAUUCCUGAGGAGCUCAAGGACAAAAGAAGCAGACCAAAUGAGAUUAACUCAAGAAGACUGCACAAGUUUAGAGGAGUCUUCCGUAAGGGCAAAAAUAUUCAUGAUUAUAAAAUCCCAAAUAACCCAGAUAAUAAUGAGUGGCACAAUCUUGCACUAGAGGAUAUCGGUAUCUACUGGGAAUUAUCAAACUUUGAUGAAUGUAAGUACUACUACUUCCAACUCGUUGAGUUCCCUAAUGGUGAUGCUUCAGAUGAGACUCACAAUCAACUAUAUCCUUUAGCAUACAGUCAAGAUGAAGUAAUUGAUGAUCAUUAUGGAUGGAUAGUUGAUCCAGAUACUAAUAAGCAAGUCUUCAGAGGUUUUGGAGCUCUCAGUGCCCUAUCCUUUGGUCUCUGCGCACUUGCAUGA